GGCCGACUCGGUCGCGAUCAUAUGCUUGCAGAUGUUCCUAACCAGUAUGUUAGGGAUCGUCUAAUGGACUACAUUGUUACCCAGCUUGAAGACGACCAGAAAGAGCGCGCAAAAAAAGCGGUAUUUUCGGACCUUAACGCUACUGAGCUCGAACAAUACUCUGCUUUGAUUGAGAAAAAGGCGGAGGAAAACAAGCCCAAGACCCGAGAAGAGAUGAUUGCACGAAUAGUCGGAAAAAGGCCACUGACAACCGACAGCGAGAAAGAACGUGUAGUGAAUCAAGCUUAUGCUUUGGACCAAGUUGAUAUGGAUGAUGACCUAACUCCUCAGCCCGGCUUCAGUAUCCGAAAUUACGAACGCCUAGAGCCGCUCAGUCACUCGGUAUUCCGUCCGGGCUUAAGAGAAUUGACUCCGGAGGAAUCGGUAUUAAAUACAGGUGUGGAUAUUGACAAGGACUGUGAUCAGAUCCGGACUAUGAUCGCAUGCUUUGUCGACGGGAAAGGAUGGACUGCAGAUCAGUUUCGCUGGACACUAGGAAAUGUCUCACGUCAGCAGCUAACAACCUUUCUUCUUGAAAGAGGUCCUAAGCAAGGAGCCAAUAAACCGAUCUUUCAACAUGCAUGGGAAUUCUUCAAGAAGCGCGAGAUGCUGGGUCUGCCUUUGGCGGAAGUGUCAGAAGAAAACGCCAUUGUCCUCCAAGAACGCGAUAUCAAUCGUGCAAAUAAACGCCAAAGCCAAAGCACUGACGGAAAAGAGAGUAGUUCUAAGAGGAGGCGUACGAGAAGAGCAUAACCAGAUGAAGUAGAGAGGCCACGGAAAACCCGG